AUGCCCUCUCACAUUAUAAAUACCAACAGUUGGUCGCAUAUAUCCAAUUUAAAGUUGGGUGACGAUCGAUUCCACAUCCCAGCACCAGUAGAUCUUUUACUAGGUGCAGAAGCUUUUGCUCGUAUCCUAAAGGAAGGUCGCGUUUUAGGACAACCAGGGCAACCCACUGCGUUAGAAACUGUAUUUGGUUGGGUUCUUCUAGGAAAAGCUCAAGAGGUGUUAACGCCUUCCGUUCAUUUGCAAACUUAUUUUUCUUCAUUUGAUUCCUCCCUUGAUAGUGAUAUUCGAAAAUUUUGGGAAUUGGAAGCAAUCGCAGCGAAACCACAGAUAGCUCCGGAGGAAGAAAAGUGUGAAGAGAUCUAUCGAAAAACUGUGUCCAGAGACCCCUCGGGUCGUUUUAUCGUAUCUUUACCCUUUCGUCAUAGUGAGCCCGAUCUGGGAGACACAUUCACCAUAGCAUACCGUAGUUUUAAAUCUUUAGAAACUCGUUUAAUUAAAAACCCUGAGUUGUAUAACUUGUAUUCGGAAUUCAUGAGAAAUUAUUUGGAAAAUGGGCACAUGACUCUAAUUGCUUCUGACGAACCCAAGCCAAUACACUCUUGUUAUCUGCCUCAUCACGGAGUGAUUAAGGUAGAAAAAACCACUAGUAAGGUCCGUGUCGUUUUUAAUGCCUCAGCAAAAGGUUCCAAGGGAAUCAGUCUGAAUGAUACGUUGCUUCCCGGUCCAAAAUUGCAAGCUGAUCUUUCUGGAAUCUUAGUUAAAUUUCGUGUGUUUCCUAUAAUUUUUCUGGCCGACAUUAAACAAAUGUAUCUGCAAAUACAACUUACGCCUGAACAUCGAGAUUAUCAGAGGCUAAUUUGGCGGUUUAAUCCGAAUGAUCCCAUAAAGCAAUAUCGUCUCAACACGGUUACUUUUGGCGUCACCUCCAGCCCUUAUUUGGCAAUUAGAACAUUGAAAGAGCUGGCAAAACAGGAGAGAUCUAAGUAUCCGAACGCUGCUGAUAUUCUUUUGAAUAAUACUUUUAUGGAUGAUAUCUGUGCUGGCAGCGACUCUCUGGAAUCUGCUUUGGCCUUACAGAAAGAGAUAAUUGCCCUGCUUAAAGCCGGUGGGUUUGAGCUGAGGAAAUGGGCUAGCAACCAUUUUAAAUUAUUGUCGUCUUUAGCUGCUGCCGAUUGUCAAGUUCCCGUUUCGUUUGAUAGAGAGGUUUCUAGUAAUAUAAAAGUUCUUGGUCUUCUUUACAACCCCUCUGUCGACAAGUUUUCGUUUUCCCAUAGUCCAUCUAAUAAACCCCCUACGAAAAGGAAUAUUUUGUCAGAAAUUGCCCGAAUCUUCGACCCUUUAGGCUUCCUUUCCCCGGUAACAUUUUUGGCAAAACACAUUAUGCAGCGACUUUGGAUUUCUGGCAUAGGUUGGGACGAGAUUCCUGGCCAAACCAAUUUGUGA